AUGUGUUGGGAUGCGCCCAGCUUUAGGACUCGUGCAAGGCCUCUCCAUAGGGCCGCAGCUGCUGCCUGCGCUGGGCGCUGCCUGCUGUGGUGGAGCAGAGGGCGCUUUGCAAAAGGCCGGCGCUGGGUGUUGAGGGCGGAAGCUCCAUCGGCCGCGUGGACGGCGAGCGGAGAUGCAGCCGACAUUCUUGGAGACGGGAGUGUCAUCAAAAGCAUCAUCGAGGAGGGUGAGGACCCCCCAGUUUACCCCGUGUGCGGGGAUGAGUGCAUCACGCACUUUAUCGGCACCCUGCCGGAUGGCACGGUUUUCAAUGACACCACCAAGCGAGAUCAGCCCUUUAAGUUCGCCCUGGGUGCAGAGCAAGUGCUUGAAGGAUUUGAUGAGGGCGUGGCAACUAUGCGGAAGGGCGAGCGAGCGCUGCUGAAGCUCACCCCCGAGGUGGCGUAUGGUUCCUUGGGUGCUCGGGAUGAGCGUGGCUGGCAGGUCCCCCCAGACACGGCGGUAACCUUUGACGUGAGACUGCUGGACAUCAAGGCAGGCGGAUACGGCCGGGAGGAUAUUGGACCUGGCGGCAAGGGCGAGAGGUACAGCUGGGAGCGUAAGGGUGCUGAAGUUCUUGUCACGGUGCCCGUCAAGGUGGAGGUGCAGGCCAAAGACAUUGCCUAUGCCUUUCAGGAAAAGCGCAUUUUCCUGGCAGUGGAAGGGGACACGAUUUUUGAAGGCGUCCCUGGCUGCGAUGUCGAGGCAGAGGAAAGCUUCUGGGAGUUGGGCAAGGAGGAAUCUGGUGAAAGAUGUAUUUUCGUCCACCUGCAGAAGAAGGGCUCCUUGAGCGCGCGGUGGCCCGACUUUCUGCUGAAGGGGAACUGA